GCACAUCCGACGGCAACUCCGCGCGCCGCCAGUCUCUGAAUGACCGUCGUUGCCUACGCUAGCAAAAACUGCUCGCAUUCUUACUGCUGGAAUUAAUAGAUCGAGUCUUUCACAGAUUACAGAUGGGCAUGAUAACUCGCGUCAGAAAGCGUCUGCAGACGCUGCACUUGUUGGCCAAGAUGGAUUCGCGUCUACAGGAAGAGAAAACUGCACAGUCAGUGUGGUUGCUGUCGGCGGUGCUGCUGCUGCCCUACCUGGCCCGCGCCAGCCACGCGUCGCUGCUGUUCGGCGGCGUGGGGCUAGCCUACUCGUGCCUGGUGCUGCCCAUGGUCAUCUCGGCCAGCUACAAGUACCCCGUCAGGCCGCUGCUCUCCGCGCUCUAUGCGUUAUCGGGCCUUGCUGGAUGGUGGGCAGUGGCAGUGGAACCUGUCACCAACUUCCUGUGGAAGGUGUACGCCCCACUUGAACGCGUGGAGCGAUGCAUCAUGAAAAUGGCCAACAUCCUCUCCAUGAUCAACCAGCUGACGUUCUUCACGCUGUGCGACCGUCUGCUGAUGCCGGGCCAGCGGCUGACGUGCCUGUACUCGCUCAUGUUCUACAACGUGGUGGCGUACUGCGCCUCCUACAUCAAGGAGCUCAUCGAGAAGGAGGACUGGUCGCCGUACGUGACGAUGGCCGAGCACUCCAACAUCAAGCACCUGGCCAUGUCCGCCACCAAGAUCGUGCUCGAGUGGACCAAGGCGGUCACGUUCGUCAUCACGGUGGUCUUCAUGCUGCUCGUGUUCGGACUGGAGCAGGGCCUGCAGCACUACCAGCCCACGGUCCUCUACACCGUCGUCACCUGGAUCUACUACAUGGCCACCGAGAAGGUGUUUGUAGACAUGUUCCCAACAUUGCUGUCAUUCCUGCGGCUGGAUGUCCUGGAGUCUCUGGAAGCCCUGUGGGCACCAGUGCUACUGCGUGCGGGCACUGCAGGAAUUUCACUGCUGGCAGCACUCGCAGUUGCCAUGCUGCAAUAUGCACGUAAUGGAAGCCACGGAUGGGUACGGUUGGUCGUAUUUGCAUUGUACUUCAACGUGCACCUGCGACUUCGGGAGCUCUGGCUGGGUCCACUGCGGCAGCUGCGUGCUGAGCAGGCAGUUCUGAUGCGUUUCAGGCCUGCUUUACCAGAAGAGCUGGCUGCACAUGAUGAUGUGUGUGCUGUCUGCCUCAGUCCUAUGCCACGCAGAGCACGUGUUACACCCUGCCAGCACAUGUUCCACGCAGAGUGCUUACGACUGUGCCUCAAGACCUCUGAUAACUGUCCUAUCUGCAAACGAGAGUACACAUUCUGCUGAUACUGACACUGCUGUUGCAAUGAGUGGAAUUUGAAACCAGUUGCAAGUGUGAUCUGUGAAUUAGAUUGGUCUGGAUGUUAUAAAGUGUUCAGUGACACAACUUCAGAGCAGAAGUAGUUAGCGGUAAUAAAACCAAUUAUUUAUAUUCAUAUAUAUUUCUUGAGAGGAGAUAUCAUUUGAUACAUGAAUGCUACCAGUGCUGAAAUUCCUAGUAAGGGCAGAUGGGAGAAUUGAGGUAAUUGUUUUUAUGUUUUUCUGUAUUUAGUUAUAUUAAUCUUUCAAGGUGGGUUCAAGUAAAUUAUCAGCUGAUGUGUCAAUGAUUACAUUUUGCACUGAAUAAGCAGGUGUCCUGAGUAAGUGGGUCACUGGCCUAAAGUGUACAAUGAACAAAUGUACAAAAUAUGUUGUGCAGUAUUGCACAUACUGCACAAAAAGUAUUAAUCAAUAGAGGAGCACAUUUUAAUAUGUAAAUUUCAGAAAAUUUCUAAUAUGUACCUAAGUUUGUAUAUUAAAUAUGAUUAUUAAUAUGGAAUUUGUUGUGAUACUGUUAUUUCUAGAUACAGAGCAUUGACACAGAAGAGGUAUUCUGCAGAAUUAAAACCGUGUAGCCUAUAUACUCAUUUAGUAUAGCUGUUACUGGUCACUGCAGAGUAGUUUAACACACAAGCAAUUUCUGUUUAAUGUAUUGAGGAUGUAGUAUUGUAAUGGAUAUAGAUGCUGAAUCUAAAUUAGAAACAGUGAUUGGGUUAAGACUUUUCAUGUCCAUCAUUAAUGCAACUAUCUUUUAUGAUUGCAGUCAUAAUUCUACACAAGUACAAAAACUUGGUAUCAAUAUCUUUUUGUGGGACCAGAUACUCCUAACAUUAAUUCAAAAGAAAUUCAAUGACAUUUUCAUCAAAUUUUGGAAAAAGUUCCCUUAAUUAAUGUAAGUAGUGAGUAAUUUUAAAGAAUAGCCGCUUCCAACUGAAGUGUUUCUUCCCACACAGGAAAUGCAUCUCAUGAAGAUCUCUGUGUGUGCAAUAAACUAAUUUUAGAAUUUUUGACGUAAUAAUGAUGAAAGAACUACCAGUCUGAAUGCUGUAAUAGUAUCUUAAGAUGACAUGUUAGCCCAUGGGUCUCAAAUUGUUUGUGGCAAUAAUCAAAAUCAUUCAUAUGUUAAAGAAAUAUUAGAUUGUAACAUGCAGGGUAUAGAUGAUAAUUGUUUCGAACACACCACAGUGGCGUAGGUGAAGUGGAGAUGAACAAAAUUAUAUAGCACAUUUGUGGUCUAUCAAUCGGAGAAACAACCUUAAAUUAACCUACAAAACCCACCUCUGCUAGCCAGCCGGAGUGGCCGAGCGGUUCUAGGCGCUACAGUCUGGAACCGCGCGACCCCUAUGAUCGCAGGUUUGAAUCCUGCCUUGGGCAUUGAUGUGAGUGACGUCCU